CCCGUUCCAGAUCAAGGUCACGUUCCCGAGAACGUUUCUAUCGCAAAAGUACUAAAUCCCGCGAUCGUGACCGUUCCCGUGAUCGUUCACGAGAACGUCGACCACACAAAUCAUAUCGACGCAAACCAUCCCUAUACUGGGAUGUACCACCACCCGGUUUUGAACACAUAACUCCCAUGCAGUACAAAGCAAUGCAGGCUUCUGGACAGAUACCACCCAAUACUGUACCAGAAGUACCACAAGCUGCUGUACCCGUUGUCGGUUCGACAAUAGCCCGGCAAGCUCGCCGUUUAUAUGUUGGCAAUAUACCAUUUGGUGUUACCGAAGAUGAAAUGAUGGAAUUCUUUAAUCAACAAAUGCAUUUGGUUGGUUUAGCCCAGGCCGAGGGUAACCCCGUCUUGGCAUGUCAAAUUAAUUUGGAUAAGAAUUUCGCAUUCCUGGAAUUUCGUUCGAUCGAUGAGACCAGUCAGGCGAUGGCUUUCGAUGGCAUUAAUUUCAAGGGUCAAGUUUUGAAGAUUCGCCGUCCACACGAUUAUCAACCAUUGCCGGGAACAACAGAUACGAAAAUUAUACCAACACUUGCUUCUAAAGUGGUAACCAUAUCCACUGUUGUACCCGAUUCCCCACAUAAAAUAUUUAUUGGUGGACUUCCCAAUUAUUUGGGUGACGACCAGGUUAAGGAGCUACUUUUAUCCUUUGGCCAAUUGCGAGCUUUUAAUUUAGUUAAAGAUGCUUCAACUGGCUUAAGCAAGGGCUAUGCCUUUUGUGAAUAUGUGGAUUUAAGCAUAACAGAUCAGGCAAUUGCUGGCUUGAAUGGCAUGCAAUUGGGCGAAAAGAAACUGAUUGUACAAAGGGCGAGCGUUGGUGCCAAGAAUGCACAAAAUAAUGCAACUGCUGUGGCUGCACCAGUCACAAUACAGGUCCCUGGCCUAUCCAAUUUCAUUUCAUCCGGCCCACCCACUGAGGUAUUGUGUCUGCUCAAUAUGGUCACACCAGAUGAAUUACGCGACGAAGAAGAAUACGAAGAUAUUCUCGAAGAUAUUAAGGAAGAAUGCAAUAAAUACGGUGUGGUACGUAGCGUUGAAAUACCACGACCUAUUGACGGUGUAGAUGUUCCCGGUUUGGGUAAAGUAUUUGUCGAAUUUAAUUCUGUAAUGGAUUGUCAGAAGGCUCAACAGGCGUUGACGGGUCGUAAAUUUAGUGAUCGUGUUGUAGUUACAUCAUACUUUGAUCCGGAUAAAUAUCAUCGUCGGGAAUUUUAAA